AUGUUUUAGAUUAUUUAUUUUUCACUCUAUUUAUAUCACUUAUAUGCGACAAAAAAGGAAACCACUUAACAAUAUUUGCAUUUUUAUUAAUAUCCUAAAAUUAUUUGUAUUGUUUAAUUAUUUAUUAGGUGAAUUUUUAGAUGAGCUCUUUAAGAUUAGAGUUUUAAAUGAAAAGAAAAAGGAAAACAGAAACUAAAUUCACCUUUCCUUAUUUUUGAUUUUUUCAGGCAGCAUUAAUGUUAGAUCGAUGGAAUUCUUUAUCAAACUCCUCUCAAACUGUAUAAAUAUAAAACUAAUCUCAGUAAUUUUGUGCUCGGAUUUAUUUGUUAUAAAAUCAGGGACUCUAAACUAAUUAAAUUAGAUCAGUUGCGCUUCAAGUUAGUUAGAGUCAAUUUUUCACAAUUAAUUGUACCAUUAUGGUUCAAUAAAAUCAGAAUACAUUUUUGUUUAUUAUUUUGAAAGAAAUAAAAUAAAUUUUACAUAAACGCUAGGAAAUCUUAAGAGCAAAAUUUAUAACAUUUCCUUUUUGACAGUAGAAAAAUUAAUUUGA